ACUCACUGGGGGGACUGGUCUGACAGCAUUCCACCUCCCAGGAUAAAAACUGGGGUGACCUGCACGGAACCCUGCACAGUCCUGCUGGCCAGCACAGCACAGCACAGCACAGCUCACUAGGCUGUGACCCCACCCCUGUCUGACAUGCUCAUUUCCAGAACUCCCCCAGUCUUGGGUGGGGGCUGUCUCUGGAUCUUAACCUCCCUGCUGCUUCUGGCUUCUACAGCCAUCCUUGGUGCUGCCAAGACACCUGUGCCCCCAGCCUGUGGGAAGCCCCAGCAGCUAAACCGGAUUGUGGGUGGUGAAGACAGCGCAGAUGCCCAGUGGCCCUGGGUUGUGAGCAUCCAGAAGAACAGGACCCACCACUGUGCAGGCUCCCUGCUCACCAGCCGCUGGGUGGUCACAGCUGCCCACUGCUUCAAAGGCACUCUGAACAAGCCAUCCCUGUACUCUGUGCUGCUGGGUGCCUGGCAGCUGGGGAAUCUUGGCCCAAGGUCCCAGGAGGUGGGUAUUGCCUGGGUGCAUCCCCACCCUGUGUACUCCUGGAAGGAGGGUUCCCGUGCGGACAUCGCCUUGGUGCGCCUCGAGCACCCCAUCCAGUUUUCGGAGCGAAUCCUUCCCAUCUGCCUGCCUGAUUUCUCUGUCCACCUCCAUCCGAACACAGACUGUUGGAUUGCAGGCUGGGGGACUGUCCAUGAUGGAGUGCCCCUGCCUCACCCUCAGACCCUACAGAAGCUGAAGGUUCCCAUCAUUGACUCAGAAAUCUGUGGUCGCCUGUACUGGCGGGGAGCUGGGCAGGGAGCCAUCACCGAGGACAUGUUGUGUGCCGGCUACCUAGAGGGGGAACGGGAUGCCUGUCUGGGCGACUCCGGAGGCCCCCUGAUGUGCCAGGUCGAGGGCACCUGGCUGCUGGCGGGCAUCAUCAGCUGGGGCGAGGGCUGUGCGGAGCGCAACCGGCCCGGCGUCUACAUCAGCCUGGCCUCCCACCGUUCCUGGGUGCAGAGGAUCGUGCAAGGGGUUCAGUUCCGCGGACACUCGCAGGGGAGCGGGCCGUUGGGGUUAAGAAUCCAGGGAUACAGGGCGGCCCGGGGCGGCCCAGCAGCCUAAACACAGGGAGUUUCCUUAGUUGUAAAUAAGCCGUCUACCUCUGGAGGGCUCCCGCGUGCUGGCUCAGGGUCGCUUCCUCUGGGAGACCCCGCCCUCACCCCGCCCCCACCCCGACUCAGGUUCCACCCCUGGAGCCCGGAGCGCCUUUGUGUAUGUACGUUCGUGAUUUUUACAGUUAUUUGUAAGCCUGCCUGCACAUUUUAUUUAUUCUCCCAAGUUUCAAUAAAUUAUUAUCCAGGUCCUGUUUUUUCCCCUUGAAUGAGGACAUUGGGAAGCAGGGGUGCAGUUGGGGGCAGCUAGGGUCCUGCCCACCUGGGAUUCAACUUCCUAACUCCUGACCUUUGCUUUGUCCUUCCCAGCAGAAGAGGCUGGAGACCCAACUUUGCUACAUAAAAGGCCCCCAAGGGCGUGGGGGCUGCAGGGCCCUGCCUUUUGGGUUUUCAAACAGGGCUGGGUGGGAGAAACCACUCCCAGGGGAGUGGGCUGUCCCCUCCCUCCUCCUCCCCCUGUGCUCAGUGGCCCAUCUCCUGGAUUUGAGUGAGGCAGCUAUGCCUCCACAGCCCCAGAAGCUGACUCACCGGUGACUCACAGCUGAUUCUGUGAAUCUUCCUGUGCACGAAGGAGCACCACAGUGAGACAGUA